AUCUUUUGGCGAAAUAUGGCUAUGCGGAGUUGUAUGCUCUUAUUGGCAGUAGUCGGUCUGGCGACUACUGUGCCUACGCCCUUAGACCAGAUCACACCGAGAGCAGGCGAGCGCUGCGGUUACGAUAGUUGUACCGACGCGGAGCCAGGGGUUCUCAACGUGCAUAUAGUAGCUCAUACUCACGACGAUGUGGGUUGGCUGAAGACCCUCGACCAAUAUUACUACGGAAGUCGAAAUAAUAUCCAGAAAGCUUGUGUCAAGUGUAUCCUAAACUCCGUCAUCAAAGAAUUAUGGGAAGACCCCAAAAGAAAGUUCAUUUACGUAGAAACAGCGUUCUUCUGGAAAUGGUGGAUGGCGCAACCCGACUCUGUGAAGUCCCAGGUUCACACCCUGGUGAGGCAGGGCCGGCUUCAGUUCGUGGGUGGAGCUUGGAGCAUGAACGAUGAAGCCGCGAGCCACUAUCAGAGCACCGUUGACCAGUUUACUUGGGGGCUGCAAAAACUUAAAGACACCUUCGGUGACUGCGGGCGACCCCGCGUCGGCUGGCAGAUCGAUCCCUUCGGGCAUUCCCGCGAGUUCGCCGCGAACCUGGCGUCCAUGGGCUAUGACGGGCUCUUCCUCGGCCGUAUCGAUUAUCAGGACAAGUCGCAUAGGCUUAAGGAGAAGACUAUGGAGGUUUUGUGGCGAGGGAGCGAUGAUCUUGGCAAGUCCUCAGACAUCUUCACAGGCGUGUUAUACAACACAUACUCUCCGCCGCCGGGAUUCUGUUUCGACGUGUUAUGCGACGACGAGCCUAUUAUUGACGACGUCUCCUCGCCUAUGUACAACGUUGACGCUAAGGUUUAUGCAUUUCUGGAGUACGUGCUAACGCAAUCAGCGUACUAUAGAACCAACAACGUGCUAGUGACUAUGGGAGGAGACUUUACGUUCAUGGAUGCCUUUAUGUGGUUCGAUAAUCUGGACAAACUUAUCAAAUACGCCAACCAGAAAUCAGCGAAGGAGAACCUGAAGGUUAAACUGUUCUACUCGACACCUACUUGCUAUCUGAAGGCUGUGAAGGAUGCCAACCCAAGCCUUCCCAUCAAGCAGGAUGACUUUUUCCCCUACGCAUCAGAUUCUACAGCUUACUGGACUGGCUACUUCACCUCCCGCCCUACAACUAAACGGAUGGAGAGGGAGACGAACAACUAUCUACAGACUUUCAAAAUGCUGCAAGUUCUAACGAAUCUUCCCCAAUCCAACAUGUUCAUUCUAAAUGAGUUGAAGAGCGCUAUGGGUAUGAUGCAACAUCACGACGCCAUAACGGGCACAGAGAAGCAACACGUGACACACGACUACGAGCGUAUCGUGUCGCGGGCUGUAGACGACGCUUAUAUCAUCGGGAACCAGGCUUUCACUAAACUGCUCCAAUCAGAGACGAGUCUAGUCUACGAACGAUGCGAGUUCAACCAAUCGCAGUGCGGUGUCACUGAGCGCAGCAAAGCUUUUAUCGUGACAGUGUUCAACAACCAGGUCUUGCCAAGAGGCUACACUUAUGUAGAACUGCCCGUCAUUGGCACAGGAUACUCCGUUUAUGACGAAACUGGAACCAAAAUAUUCGGCCUAGUUCAAAAACUUUUAUACGAAUACUUUUUAAUCCCAACGAGACAGUCCAACGCUACCCACGUUCUAAUGUUCGUCGUCAAAAACUUGCCUGGACUCGGUUACAAAAACUUCUACGUCAAAAAAGAUAGCAAAGAAAAGAGAGACACUAAGAAAAGAUAUGAUUAUUAUUCUAACAUAAAUGAUUAUUGGAAAGACAUUAAAGACAAAAUUGAAGUUGAUAUAAAGAAUGUUGAAUCUGAAACAUUGGUUUCCAAAGCAGAUGUUUUCGAAAAGAUACCAGUUAGAGAUACGUUGAAUGUGGAAGAGCAUGAUUAUGAUAAGGAUAUCAAUUGGGACGUGUUGAAGGAUGGGAAUGGGAAUACUGAAGAGGAGAUCCAGGGUAUACUUAAGGAGGCCAGCAAGAAACUUGUCGAAGAUAUGGCGCGAGUCAGCAAAGACAGUAAGACUGUCUUCCCAAAGAUGAGUGAGGAUGAGAUGCGUAUGCUAUCGGAUGAACCGAUGGUUGUGGAAGCCUCUAAAGACAUCGUGCUUGAGAACGAAUACACCUCGCUAGCCAUCGAUAAGGACAGCAGUUGGAUGACGUACACUUCCAAACGCGACGGGACAACGCUACACAUUCGACUUACAUGCGGCUACUAUAUCGGCUGCGAGGGAGACAAUAGGGCACCAGCUAACCGCUCAUCAGGCGCUUACAUCUUCCGUCCCAACAUGACUUCCUCACCCAACCUCCACACGUUCAAAAACUUCGCGAUCACCAACAUCGUCCAAACAGAAAUACAACAAGUCCAACUGCAAUACGAUAAUUCCGUCUCUCUCAAAAUCAGUUUACAAUAUGACGAAGUAUACCUCAACACUAUUGUAAAUCUAAAUGAAGGCAAAGAAUAUGUCCUAAGAAUUGAAACAGAUUUGAAAACUAACGGCGUUUUUUACACUGACUCAAAUGGUAGACAGAUGCUGAAAAGAAUCAGAAACAGUCGCCCGCAAUGGAAUGUUACUCUAGCUGAACCCAUCCCUGGAAACUAUUACCCAAUAGUUAAUGAGAUUUAUAUAGAAGAUGAAGAAGUAAGGUUAGUAGCUAACGUAGACAGGGCGAGAGGCGGCGCGUCACUUAAAGAUGGCUGGUUUGAAAUUAUGCAACAUAGGAGACUUAAACAUGACGACGCUUUCGGCGUAGGAGAAGCGCUAAACGAAACUGCAGGAGGUAAAGGCUUAUACAGCAUUGAUACUGUAAUGCUGCAAGUCGUUCGUAAAACGAAAAAGGAAAACUUUAUAGAUGCUGCGCAGAAAAGUCUUGCUUUCUUCUCUGAACCACAAAUAUUCGUAGCGGAAGCGCCAUUUAAUUUAGACAAAUUUAAAACUAUGAAAAAUGAAUAUAGUUUUCUUAAGACAGAUCUUCCGAAAGGCGUUCAUUUGUUAACUUUGGAACCGUGGAAAGACAAGAUUUUAAUUCGUUUUGAAAACUAUUUCGAUAAGGAAUUAUCUCCUGAUUUUAUUUCUGUAGAUUUGAGUAAAGUUUUUAAUACUAUUGAGAUUAAAUCGAUUAAAGAAACAACUUUAGCUGCUAAUAUGUGGUUAUCCGAUUUUAAACAAUGGGAUUGGAAUACCGAUGAAGAGUUUUCAGAAAGUUUUAAUAAAGAGUAUGGUAAUGAAGAUGUGUAUAGAGCCAAAGAGCGGAAGACGUAUGAUGAUGAUGGACUGACUAUAAAACUGAGGGCCAAAGAAAUUAGAACCUUUGUGGCAGAGUAUGAGAUGAAAAAGUUAUAAUUUGUUAGUCAAAUUAUGUAGAAUAAAGUUUUGUUUAG